UGCCAAACUUCUUCAGUUGGCAGGUCCAGCCGCAAUUCUCCAAGAGAUUCCCAACCUUGAAAGUUUUAUGGAGGCUUUCAACAGCGUCAAUGAUGAUGGUCAAGGUGAUGGUACUACUUCUACUGGUGAUGCAGCUACAUCUCCACGAGGAAACCAAGGAAGUUAAGGAAACUGUUCGACUUGAUGAUCGUUAUGGAAAUACAUGCAAGGAAAUUGAUGAGUUGAUUUGUGAUUUAUUACUUUUGAGUACUUUAAGAAUGUGG